UUUGAGAAUCAGGCUUUUUAGGCUAUCACCCCUAUUACCCGCAGCGGAAGUGCAAGCACCGUUUCGACUGGACGUGAUCCUCUGAGCAGAGAAGUUCGAGAUCUCAAAGAAGCUUUUGCUGACAUGAAUGUUGCAAAACGUGCAGCGGCUGGACGAAAUCGUGAUGAAACGGCAGAUUCGUUUGCGUUGGAUGAGAUGCUGACCAUCGAAAGACCGCCGAGUGGAUCUCGCGCAUCGUCAACCAUAGAGCAAGCCCGAUUGAGUUCUCUCCAUCUCCUUGCGGAUAAUGCGAUCAGAGACGCUGAUCAAUGCACGAAAGCACUUCGUUCUGGAGCGCUGAAUUACUUGGUAUUGCAUACCACUUUCGUACAUUUCAGUCCAACCACUGAGAAAAAACCCGUUUAUCCAACUUUUACUUUGGAUAGAUUGAACCCAUUUGAUGGUGCAUCGGCCCUCGAAAAGCGAUUUGAUCCGCAUAGCAACAUGUUCGACGGAGCGGAAGCUCGGUUAGCGAUCCAUGACAAUGAACUUGACCAUGUACCUCAUCGACAGCGACGGUAUGGAGGAAAACGUGGCAGGCCUGUUGUCAUCGGUAGAGCCAUCUAUGGCCGAGGUAGAAUGCAUUUUCGACCCACGACAUCGCAUCAGACUGCAAAAAUAACCGAGAUGCCCUUACCCGUUCCCGAACAUCGUGAUGUUGCAACACAUACGGAACAUGAACGUGCAGUGCAAACUGAAGCGCAACCACCCGUGGAAGAGACUGUACCUAAAGACGAAGUCGAAGAACUCGUGGAAGAAGAUACUGAGUCCACUAUAACUCCAGAAUCUGUUAAGCAUCAUGUGCAUCACAAGAAACCACCGGUUCCAAAGAAAAUGCCCUUCGUGGGGUCGGGACAAAAGGUAUGUAUCGAAUUAGGAAAGUAA